AUUAGGAAAUGGGAAGGGGUCACAGAGUAAAAAUACCUGCUCAGAUAUUUAGUUCACCUUGGACCGUAGUAACAUAUAAGAGAAAGAGUGUUAAGCACAGUCCAACACCGGAUGUCUUGGAUAAAUUCAAAGUCUUCAUUGAGAAAGCAAUCCGGGAGAAGAGAAAGGUUCAAUGUAAUGUUAAUACAGCAUGCGAAGAAGAUGGAAAAGUGAAGAGAUGGUGGACUGAAUUGCUUACACCAGGAGGAUGGCUAGAGAACACGCACAUGGAAGAGUACCUUUUCGUUUUGAGGAGGCGUGUGGUUGAAGAAGGGCUUUCAGAUGUUAUUGUGCUUACGGAUUUCUUUAGCGGUCAUUGUGAAUCCAAUUGCAAAGACCGUAUCUAUCCUGAAGUCCAAAAUCAAUUGCUCAAAGUUAACGAUGGCACAUAUGGAGCCGAAUAUAUGAAACCUUGGA